UGAGCUUAUUGCGAUCUUUAGUUCUACAUGAAAUCCCAAGCUGUGAAGAUGCAUGAUCUAAAGUUUCUCUGGGUUGGCCUAUCUUUCUUUUUAGGAAAUGUCAGCGCUAUAUGUUUUAUUCAUAAAAGUUUGUUGACAACGAAAAAUAUUUAUUUAAGCCACAAUAAUGGGAAGUACGAUAUCCAGCAUAGUGAUAUGGUGGCCAACGGCCAAACGAUCUAUUUGCUUUGUAACGGAGGAAUUCAACGUACUGGAUUUCAGUGUCAAUCUAACAAUGAUUUUAAUCCACCUUUAAACACUGCUAUAUGCUCAGCGCCAUUUGUCCCGUCUGUUGUACAAUUAAGAAAACCCGAUUGUCCCAAUCCUUCUCGUGUGUAUAUGGUGGGCUUUAACUUCAAUGGAAACUUUAUGGAGCUGUAUCGAAACUGUUUCAAUGCCAACAGCUUAGCAUUCCAACAUUCCAUCUAUAUGGUCUACCGCCACGAAAAUACCGCUCCACGUCCUACCCCUCCAUGGACCUCGGAUGGAUUAAGUGGAGGAUUUGAUAAUGCUUAUGAGGGAAGAGCUACUCAAGCUUGCUUGCUGACUAACCUGGGUGCAACACAGCCGCAGUGUAAAUUUGAUCGUGGCCACAUGACACCAGCCUCUGCCUUCAUGUUCACAGAGCAUAAGAAAGCCACCUUUAAGUAUUUAAAUGCCAUCCCCCAAUAUCGUGGAAUCAAUCGUGGUAACUGGAAGACUGUCGAGUCCUGGGUAAACAAUGUAGUAAAGGGACUAUAUGAUAGUCCAACGCGAACCUACGAUGUUCUUAAAGUUUGCACAGGAGCAAUGGGAGUGCAUAGAUUGAGACAUACGAAUAAUAACAAUAUGAUAUCAAUUUUCCUUUUGGAUAAUAACAAAAUUCCCGUUCCCGAAUGGAUGUACAAGAUAGUUAGCCAUCUUUCUGGAGACAAAUGGGUUAUGUUAACAUACAACGACGUUAAUAUCCCUGCUCAGCAGGACUUAAAUCAGAUCUGCCGGCAGAUCAAUUGUCAUCCAGGCCUUCAUCUGAAUGGGAGAAGUGUGGGUCACACUGUCUGCUGCGAUCCAUUACAUUUUAUCAAUAGAAACUUUCCACAUUUGACUGGUGUUUGCUAAAGCGUUCAAAAAAAAACAAUUGUAUUUUUAAAUACAAUG